GAUGGGAAAUUGGGAGCGGAAAGGGAGGGCAUUGGCGACAUUUACGUACAAUGUCCAGACUCCAGAAGUUGGUUACUGAUUGAUUCUUGUCUUGCUUUCCACUGUUGCUUUCCCUCUCUCCGUCUCUCUCCCUAACCAACACUCCCGAACCAAACCACAUACAGAGAUCCAGUAAAAGCCCUUUCCAUUACAAGGCAGCCUCACCCCGGAUUUCCUUUUUGUUUGUCUCCUCUAGUAUAAAUUCACACACCGCCAAAGAGGCAGGGAAUGAGGGAACCGGCGAUGGUGGAGGGGAUAGACAGCAACGCUGCAGCACCUGGAGCGCUGCCUCCGCCGACUUCACCCCCGCAAGCAUUGCUCGAGAGGCUGAAAGAUUACGGCCAGGAAGAUGCUUUCGCGCUUUGGGACGAACUCUCCCCUGAAGAGCGUCACCUCCUCGUCAAGGAUAUCGAGAGUUUGGAUCUUUUGAGAAUAGAUCGGAUCAUUCGCUGCUCUCUUCGAUCCCAAGCACUGCCGGUAGCAGCAAUAGAGCCAGUGCCCGAGAGUUGCGUGUCCUCGGUAGAGGAGAGAACAAUGGAGGAGAGGGAAAGGUGGUGGAAGAUGGGAUUGAAGGCUAUAUCAGAAGGCAAAUUGGCUGUUUUGCUUCUAUCUGGUGGCCAGGGAACUCGGCUUGGAAGUUCAGAUCCCAAGGGAUGUAUCAAUAUUGGACUUCCUUCCGGGAAGUCACUUUUUCAACUGCAAGCUGAGAGGAUUUUAUGUGUUCAAAGACUAGCUGCACAAGCUAUGAAUGAGGGUUCAACAGGUUCAGUGACAAUACACUGGUACAUAAUGACUAGUCCUUUUACUGAUGAUGCAACACGCAAAUUCUUUGAGAGUCAUAAAUACUUUGGUCUUGAAGCAGAUCAAGUUACUUUCUUCCAGCAAGGCACCAUACCUUGUAUCUCAAAGGAUGGUAGAUAUAUCAUGGAGACUCCAUUCAAGGUAGCUAAGUCUCCAGAUGGGAAUGGAGGAGUGUAUUCAGCUCUGAAAUCUUCAAGAUUGUUAGAGGAUAUGGCCACAAGAGGGGUUAAAUAUAUAGAUUGCUACGGUGUUGACAAUGCUUUGGUUCGUGUAGCUGAUCCAACUUUCUUGGGAUAUUUCAUUGAUAAAGGGGUAGCUGCAGCCGCAAAAGUUGUCCGAAAGGCGUAUCCCCAGGAAAAGGUUGGUGUUUUUGUAAGGCGAGGUAAAGGUGGACCACUUACUGUGGUUGAAUACAGUGAAUUAGAUGCUUCACUGGCUUCUGCAAUCAAUCAGCAAACCGGACGUCUUCGUUUUUGCUGGAGCAAUGUGUGCUUACACAUGUUUACUUUGGAUUUCCUAAACCAAGUGGCAAAUGGCCUUGAGAAAGACAGCAUUUACCAUCUUGCAGAGAAAAAAAUUCCUUCCAUUCAUGGUUAUACUAUGGGUUUGAAACUAGAGCAGUUCAUAUUUGAUGCAUUUCCAUAUGCUCCUUCAACUGCUCUGUUUGAGGUAUUACGAGAGGAAGAGUUUGCACCAGUGAAAAAUGCCAAUGGUUCAAACUAUGACACUCCAGACAGUGCGAGGCUACUGGUUCUGCGACUGCACACUCGUUGGGUAGUUGCUGCAGGUGGCUUCUUAACACAUUCAGUGCCGUUAUAUGCGACUGGUGUGGAGGUAUCACCACUUUGUUCUUACGCCGGAGAAAACCUAGAAUCCAUAUGCCGUGGAAGAACAUUUCAUGCACCUUGUGAAAUCGCAUUUUAGUUUUGACUUCUAUCUGCAUAUUCUUGAUUUGUGCAGCCUACUCGGUUGAACACGAGUACAGUCCAUUGCAUGGUAUGGAUAUAUUUGGAUAAAUAGUGGUUCAAAAUGCUAAUGUACGAACCAAAGGUUUUGCAAUAUUUCAGGCUUGUGAUUAUAUGCCAUCCAUUAUCAUUAUUUACUAGUGCUACAAUAAUGCAUCUGUCAUUCUCACGUUUGUUUUUA